AAUCGUUGAAGUGUGGCUCCAACCUGAGUUCUCUCCUGUCUGGACCCCCGUCCCACCUGUUCUACCGGUCAAGUGAAGUCGGGCUGUGACACAUCGUUUGUUCACUAUGGCGUCAGCAGCGUUAAGAUCAGCGCUAAGGACCAAGGUUCCUCUUAGAGCUGGUCAGAUGUGCUACUCCUCCUCAGUGCCAACUGUUAAACUUUUCAUCGAUGGGAAGUUUGUUGAAUCUAAAACUUCCGAGUGGCUUGAAAUUCACAAUCCAGCUACCAAUGAAGUCAUCGCCCGCGUUCCCAAAGCCACCCACGAGGAGAUGUUAGCUGCUGCAGAGUCCUGCUCCAGGUCCUUCCACUCUUGGUCAGAGACCUCUGCUUUGACUCGGCAACAGGUCUUUCUGCGCUAUCAGCAGCUUAUCAAAGACAAUAUUAAAGAACUAGCCAAGGCCAUCACUGUGGAGCAGGGCAAGACCCUUGCAGAUGCAGAGGGAGAUGUGUUUAGAGGAUUACAGGUUGUGGAACAUGCCUGCAGCAUCACCUCACUAAUGCUCGGUGAAACCCUGCCGUCCAUCACCAAAGACAUGGACACUUACACGUACCGCUUGCCUCUUGGCGUAUGUGCCGGCAUUGCCCCCUUUAACUUCCCUGCUAUGAUCCCCCUGUGGAUGUUCCCCAUGGGCAUGGUGUGUGGCAACACAUACCUGCUGAAGCCUUCAGAGCGGGUGCCCACCUGCACCAUGCUCCUGGCGAAGUUGCUGCAGGAUGCUGGCGCUCCAGAUGGGACGCUGAACAUCAUCCAUGGGCAGCAUGAUGCUGUAAACUUCAUCUGUGACCACCCAGCAAUCAAGGCAAUCAGCUUUGUGGGCUCCAAUCAAGCCGGCGAGUAUAUUUAUGAGAGAGGCUCUAGAAAUGGGAAAAGAGUUCAGUCUAACAUGGGCGCCAAGAAUCAUGGUGUGGUGAUGCCUGAUGCAAACAAAGAGAACACUCUGAACCAGCUCGUCGGCGCGGCGUUCGGGGCAGCUGGUCAGCGCUGCAUGGCUCUGUCCACAGCAGUUUUGGUGGGAGAGGCGCGGAACUGGUUGCCGGAGCUGGUGGAGCGAACAAAGGCUCUGCGAGUAAAUGCAGGAGACCAGCCGGGUGCAGAUUUGGGGCCUCUGAUCUCUCCACAGGCUAAGGAGAGAGUCUGCAGCCUGAUCCAGAGUGGUGUAGAUGAGGGAGCAAAGCUGGUCCUCGAUGGCCGGAACGUCAAGGUUAAAGGUUACGAGAAUGGCAAUUUCGUAGGACCCACAAUUAUCAGCGGCGUCACGCCUGAGAUGAAGUGCUACACUGAAGAGAUCUUUGGACCGGUGCUUAUUGUUCUUGAGGCAGACACCCUGGAUGACGCCAUCCGUUUGGUCAACAAGAACCCCUAUGGCAACGGCACAGCCAUCUUCACCACAAAUGGCGCCACGGCGCGCAAAUACACCCAUGAGGUGGACGUGGGCCAGGUUGGAGUAAAUGUACCCAUCCCUGUGCCUCUGCCAAUGUUUUCCUUCACUGGAUCCAGAGGAUCCUUCAGAGGAGACACCAACUUCUAUGGAAAACAAGGCAUCCAAUUCUACACUCAGAUUAAAACUGUCACCUCUCAGUGGAAAGCUGAAGAUGCCACCUUGAAAAGUCCUGCAGUGACCAUGCCUACAAUGGGACGCUAAAUACUUCCAUCUGCCACACACCUAUGUCAAACAUUAGAAAAUGUAUAUAGAUGUUGUGAAACACUGGACUUAUUCAAACGGUAAAUUGCAACUUUUAUUCUUGUAUUUUAUCAAUUUGAAUCCCCAUAAAUACAAUAUUUCAAGAAAACAAUUGUUCAGAAAUGUCUACAUCUUUUGCAUUUGUGGACAGAGUAUUUCUGAUUUGAAAAGAUUUAAGAGACAGUACUGACACUAAUGAUGUUUGAAAGGUGAAACACUUAAAAUUGGUUUCAAAACAGACCUUAUAUUUUCUGACAAACUUUCUCUGGAGGGAAAAGUAAACAAUUCCUCACAUGACAGAGGCUGCACAGCAUAAGAAAAGUGCAUAUCCAGCAAGGGUGUGUGAGACUCAAAGAAGAAUGGUCUCAGGCGCCUGGAAGGGUGAUGGUUGCCGGGCAGAGCUCCUCUAAUUCUCGAGACAGUCAUCAUUAUGCAACUGUCUUGAUAAAUCACAUGUAAGCACAGACAUUUUAACAGCCACUGCUUUUUUCUGCUAAACAUGCAAUGUGGGACCAAUAAAUCUACACAGGCUUCUAAAUUGCAAA